UGACCCAAAGGCACUAAAAACAGAGCUAAGUAGCGUCACGUUUCAGUGUUUGACCUGAUUCAGUUGCAAAGAUCCGGUGCUAGGAGUCGAAAACGACCUGCUGCCAUAUAAUCAGUGAAAAAAAUCUUCCAAACGCCUUGGUGGUGAUUGGACAGGCGUAUUUUUCCACCUCCUGUUGCUAGAUGGCGGUCAAGCAACAUCUGUGCCUAGAAAGGCAUCGACACCGCGCUUGCGCUUAAAAAAGGAGUUUUUUUUUUUAAACCAUUGAAUACUGCAUUGCUAGAAAAGAGGGAGAAGCGUAGGGGAACUUCCUGUUCCGGAUGAAUCAUGGGAGGAAGUUGGUGCGCAGAGCGGCUUCGGUGCUCUUCCCAAGAUGGAAGCAGCAGCUGAAAGACAAAGAGGAUGGCAAUAAGAGCACUCUGGACAACGAAUAACAAGCAACAUUGAAAAGGAAAACAAAUCAGUCCAGAAAUCAAAAUAUUUUCCAUUUCCUUCAGAAAGCCACAUAAUCCUUCCUAGGCAGGUGAGAGAAAAUCAAGAGAAGAUUUUUACCUGGGAAAAAUAGAGUAUGCAAAACUCAAGCAUACAUUACAUGAAAAAUCAAGGGCAAUUAUUUUUCCAUUCAGCAAAAGAGGGAAGUCAGGAGGAAAAGAUCAAUUGGAUAGCCAUGUAGGGCAGACAGGCCCCACUCCAUGAGGAAGAAAAUCACCACUAAAUGAAAGCACAGACAAGGGAUCGUCUAGAUUUUUGACCUCCUGAACAAUAUGAGUUGUGGAAAAGUUCCAUAGUCGUGCCUGUUGUAGGAAAAAUUCAACUUGAAAUCACAGCUGAUUAUGCCUGAAAAGAUCCAAACUGGAGAAAAAUCUUACAUAUACUCUGAAUGUGGCAAAACCUUUGAUCAGAACAACUCUGUUUUGUUUCAUUGAAGGAACCACACAGGAAAGAAGCCCUUCAGGUGCUCCCAAUACAGUAAAUGCUUUUGUGAUCAUGGCAAUAUGGUGAUACACCAAAGGACUCGUACCAGGGGGAAACGGUUUGAAUGUCCUGAUUGUGGGAAAGGUUUCAGUGAUAAUUCCAGCCUGGUGAUACACCAGAGGACUCACACAGGAGAGAAACCCUUUGCAUGUCCUGAUUGUGGGAAAUGUUUCAAUAGAAAUUCCAACCUCAUUAGUCACCAGAGAAUUCAUACAGGCGAGAAACCCUUUGCAUGUCCUGAUUGUGAGAAAAGUUUCAGUACCAAUUCCAGCCUGGUUAGACACCAGAGGACUCAUACAGGAGAGAAACCCUUUGAAUGUCCUGAUUGUGAGAAAAGUUUCAGUACAAAUUCUAGCCUGGUGAUACACCAGAGGACUCACACAGGAGAGAAACCCUUUGAAUGUCCUGAUUGUGGUAAAAGUUUCAGUAACAGUUCCAAUCUGGUGACACACCAGAAGACUCACACAGGAGAGAAACCAUUUGAAUGUCCUGAUUGUGGGAAAAGUUUCUGUCAGAAUUCCAGGCUGAUACAACACCGGAGGAUUCACACAGGAGAGAAACCCUGUGAAUGUCCUGAUUGUGGGAAAAGCUUCAGUAACAAUUCCAGGCUGGUGACACACCAGAGGGUUCACACAGGAGAGAAACCUUAUGAGUGUCCAGACUGUGGGAAAGAUCUCAGUAGUAGGUUUAACCUUAUAAAUCAUGUGCUUAUACACAUAGGGGAGAAACCAUUUGAGUGCCCUGAGUGUGAUCGGUGCUUCAGGAAACAUUCCAGCCUUAUCGCACACAAGAAAAUCCACAUGCAGCCCAAAGUGAUGAGUAUAGAGAAGGCUUGAAUUUAUUUUCUAAUGUCCCUUU